UUUAUCAUUUACUUUUAAAAUCGAAAAGGUGACAAGCUAGCCCUAAGAAAAAGGUAAUUGGAUAGAGCUCGAGUCCAAACACUUCAACAGACCAACUCACCCGCUUAUUGAGAACGUGGCUAACCGAAUGGUGUUCAAAUGCAGCUGCUUUCUUUGAUUUAUACAUAGAAUUUUCGGAUUGCAGUGGAUCGAUCUCGCUACCGGCCAUGCCAUGUGGAGAAGAAACUCAUUGAGUCUCGCUCGCCUAAGCUCCAACCCUUCUCCGCUUCUCCUCCUCCGCACCUCCCCUAAAUCUCACCGCCAUGGGUCCCUCGCUCGAUCCAAUUCCACCAGCCCCGACUCCGCGUCAGCCGCAGAUCCCGUCGCUUGGUCUCAAUCCGGGGCUCAUGUUCGGUUCAUCGGCACGCGUGCGACGUGCGGUAGCGCCGUUGACCUGCCGCCGGCGACGGCGGUGGCGGACUUGGUUAAGCACUACAGCAGAUGCUAUUGGGAGCUCUCCAAAGCUCGAUUAAGCAUGCUAGUCGUGGCCACCUCGGGCACUGGAUAUAUUCUUGGGAGCGGUAGUUCGAUUGACUACCUCGGCCUUUGCUGCACGUGUGCAGGCACCAUGAUGGUUGCAGCUUCGGCUAACUCCUUAAACCAGGUGUUUGAGGUUAAAAAUGAUGCAAGGAUGAAUAGAACUAGACAAAGACCGCUACCAUCUGGGCGUAUUACCAGACCUCAUGCAAUUAUGUGGGCAUCUUCUAUGGGUUUAGCAGGCACUACUCUACUGGCUUGCCAGGCUAAUAUGCUGGCAGCAGGCCUUGCAGCUUCCAAUCUUGUCCUCUAUGCAUUUGUGUAUACUCCGCUAAAACAAAUUCAUCCAGUAAAUACCUGGGUUGGAGCUAUAGUCGGUGCUAUCCCACCUCUCCUUGGGUGGGCUGCAGCUUCUGGCCAAAUCUCACUUAAUUCAAUGAUGCUUCCUGCUGCUCUAUAUUUUUGGCAACUACCUCAUUUUAUGGCCCUCGCGUACUUAUGUCGCAAGGAUUAUGCUGAUGGAGGGUUCAAGAUGUUCUCACUUGCCGAUCCUUCUGGCUACAGAACAGCAUGGGUUGCGCUGAGGAACUGUCUUUAUCUGCUUCCGCUGGGUUACCUGGCUUACGAUUGGGGUAUCGCAUCAGGGUGGUUCUGUGUGGAGUCGACACUCCUCGCUCUUGCAAUCAGUUCCACUGCAGGAUUGUUCUUGUUAAACCGCACAGCCAAAAAUGCACGGAGGAUGUUCCAUGCUAGCCUCCUUUAUCUUCCCGUAUUCAUGGGAGGGCUUCUAUUGCACCGACGUUCUGAUAACGAGCUGCCUGUUGCUGCAGAGAACUCGAAUCAAUUAGCUGAGUUGUCAUCAUCCUCCUUAGAUGGAGAGCUGGCCGAACCUCCCACCCCUCGGAAAAACAGAAGACCAGCUCAAUCACGACCUCCGGUAGCUUAUGCCUCCAUCGCUCCGUUUCCAUUCUUACCAGCACCAUACGUCAGGGACUAAGCUGUAAGAGUUGUAUAGUGAAAAUGGAUUGUGAAUUAUUACACAUUUACGGGUCGCAGAGAAGAAUUUGCGGGAACUUUUUUUUAUGGCGACAAUAAGCGAUGUUGAUUGUAAUUUGUAGGAAAAGGAAGAUGUGGAUGCUUCGACUUUUUCUCUUGUCGUAAUAAUUCCUCCUUUAAAGCCAUUCAAGAUUGAGACUGUAUGAUUUGGAAUCGAUGUUAUUCGUCCAAUCUGCAUUUAGAGAUAUUUGACUCGUUGAAAAAUUAUUGGUUUUUUGCGAUUUAUCACAGCACACUUCUCAUGAA